AUGCAAGGUACAAAAGUGUUUAGUGAAGGCCGUGAUAACGAAUCUUCUGAUAGUGACGUGUUGAUGCCAGUUGCAAAGCGAAUAAGGCAUAUGAUUAUAGAUGAUAGUAGUGAAGAGGAAGACAACACUUGGUAUCCUGUCACUUUAGACGAAAUCAAGGCCUAUUUUGCACUAUGUAUUUUGAUGGGUCAAGUAAAAAAAUCAAGUAUUCAAUUUUACUGGACUAAAAGAGCUGUAUUAGGAACGCCAAUAUUUAGAGAAACAAUGCCAUUUAAGAUAUUUCGUCAAAUUUCGAGAUUUUUACAUUUCUCCGAUAAUGAAACUGAUGAUAGUAAAGACCGACUUCGCAAGAUAAGACCGGUCAUUGAUUUUUGGAAUCAAAAAUUUAAAGAAAUUUACACACCCAAUGAAUAUGUUAGCAUAGAUGAAUCCUUGAUGAAAUAUAAAGGGCGUUUAGGGUACAAGCAAUUCAAUCCGUCAAAAAGAGCUCGGUUUGGAAUAAAAAUUAACAAAUUGUGCGAGGCAACUACCGGUUUCUGCCAUGAAUUUAAAAUAUAUACCGGCCAGGACAGAACUAAUCGACACGAGAGUGCGUCGGAGAAUGUUGUUAUCGAGUUGUCAAAAUCUAUAAUAAAUAAAGGGUACACUUUAUUCCUGGAUAACUGGUACUCUUCGCCCAACCUGUUUCUAAAAUUACACCGUCAAAAGACAAACGUUAUCGGGACGGUACGAAAGAACAGAAAAAAUAUGCCACAAGACAUGCAAAAACAUAUUUUGAAGAAAGGAGAAUUCGUGUGGAGAUGUUGCAAUAAUUUGAUAGCUUUGCGAUGGAAGGACAAGCGCGACGUUUAUAUGCUCUCCACAAAACACAAAACAGUAGAGAUGGUCGAGCAAUCAAACAAACAGUUACAGAAAGUAAUGAAGCCGAAAUGUAUCAUAGAAUAUAAUAAGGGUAUGGGUGCAGUUGACCAUCAAGAUCAAAUGUUAGCCUGUUUCCCAAUAAUGAGAAAAGUCAUGAAAGGAUAAAAAGGAAAACUUUUCUUUUACAUAUCAGAUAUGGCUCUGUUCAAUA